UCUGGAGUAAUUUCACUUUUUUUGGGGUUAUUUAAGGAGCUCUUGUUAUUGGGUCUUUUAUAUCAUUUAUUAUAUUCUUCUUCCUCUUGCCUUUUGGUUUCUCUCGAAUUCUUUUCUUGGCUACUUCUCAAGUCUCGUUCUUUUAGGUUGUGUAAAACCCGAAGAAAUGGUGAAGAUUUGUUGCAUUGGAGCUGGUUAUGUUGGAGGUCCAACAAUGGCAGUCAUUGCACUCAACUGCCCUUCGAUUGAAGUAGCCGUCGUCGACAUCUCAGUUUCUCGAAUCUCGGCCUGGAAUGGUGAUCAAUUGCCGAUCUACGAGCCGGGUCUUGAUGAGGUGGUCAAGCAGUGCAGGGGAAAGAACCUGUUCUUCAGCACCGACGUCGAAAAACAUGUCUCUGAAGCAGAUAUAAUCUUCGUCUCCGUGAACACGCCAACGAAAACCCGAGGCCUUGGAGCUGGCAAAGCUGCUGACCUUACAUAUUGGGAGAGUGCAGCCAGGAUGAUUGCUGAUGUAUCCAAAUCGAACAAAAUCGUCGUCGAGAAGUCGACUGUCCCGGUGAAAACGGCGGAAGCGAUCGAACGGAUCCUGAUGCACAAUAGCAAAGGGAUCAAAUAUCAGAUCCUAUCGAACCCGGAAUUUCUAGCCGAAGGAACUGCAAUUCAGGACCUGUUUAAUCCGGACAGGGUUCUAAUUGGAGGCAGGGAAACCCCUGAGGGUUUAAAGGCAAUUCAAGCAUUGAAAGAUGUUUAUGCCCAUUGGGUGCCCGAAGACCGGAUCAUUACGACCAAUCUUUGGUCCGCCGAGCUCUCGAAGCUUGCGGCCAAUGCCUUUUUGGCUCAACGUAUCUCCUCGGUUAAUGCAAUGUCAGCUCUAUGUGAGGCCACCGGUGCCGAUGUUUCCCAAGUAUCCCAUGCCGUCGGUAAGGACUCGAGAAUCGGACCAAAGUUUUUGAAUGCCAGUGUUGGUUUUGGUGGUUCUUGUUUUCAAAAGGAUAUAUUGAAUUUGGUCUAUAUAUGUGAAUGUAAUGGACUGCCUGAAGUUGCAAACUACUGGAAACAAGUUAUUAAAGUGAAUGAUUACCAGAAGAACCGAUUCGUAAAUAGGGUCGUGUCGUCGAUGUUCAACACAGUGGCAGGUAAGAAAAUUGCCAUCCUUGGAUUUGCAUUCAAGAAGGAUACAGGCGACACGCGGGAGACUCCGGCCAUCGAUGUUUGCAAAGGCCUGUUGGGUGAUAAGGCACGGUUGAGCAUAUACGAUCCACAGGUCACGGAGGAUCAGAUCCAGAGGGAUUUGACGAUGAACAAGUUUGAUUGGGAUCACCCGAUUCAUCUCCAGCCGAUGAGUCCCACUUCGGUGAAGCAAGUGAGCGUCGCUUGGGAUGCUUACGCCGCAACCAAGGAUGCUCAUGCUGUGUGCAUUCUUACGGAAUGGGAUGAAUUCAAGACGCUCGAUUACCAGAGAAUUUUCGACAACAUGCAGAAGCCGGCAUUUGUGUUCGACGGUCGUAACGUCAUGAAUGUCGAGAUGUUAAGGGAUAUUGGUUUCAUCGUGUACUCGAUCGGGAAGCCGCUGGAUCCUUGGUUGAAAGAACAUGCCUGCUGUGCGUAAGAGAUAGUCUCAAGGCUCUAGAGAUCAUACAACUAAACUUGGAGAAAGGUCCUUUUAGUAAUUUAAAAAUUUUAAAAUGAUCUUUUAUUUUUUUUAACUUAUUAAA